AUGGCAGCGAAUUUUGUGACGUCACUGAUGACACGUCUGAGGGGAAGAGGCCAAAAGAAGAGCCCGGAUGAAAAGAAGAAGAGACGUUCAUGUAUAGUCAGCUGGUUCUCGACCUCCGACCUGGAUAACGUUGAUGAAGAUUCUUCCUUCCUAUUGGACGACAGUGGUCUUGACGUCACAUCCGGCCCAAGAACACCGUCCGGGAGAGAACGUGAUUCUGGCUAUAUGGGAAGUCCUGGACAUGGCAUUAUGCGAAAGGCUGAGUCUCUGUCCAGUCUCGUGCGCUGUACCAGCAUCCAAGACAGGUCACUCAAGGUCACUCGUAAGAGGCGUCAGAACAUGGCCAAACGAAAUCGUCGGAACAAAUACUUGUCUUUCAAGAAGGCCAUCUUCCCAGAUGAAGGCAUUGACGUCACUUCCGGUGAAGGGUGCACAACAGAUGAGUCUUCUGAUGAGAUGAUAGAGCCUCCCAGCGAGAAGAAGGUUUCUCCAACUGAGAAAAGAAGUAGCAGGAAGGUGCCUGACGUCAUCACCCGCCAGAACAGCGUUCAGAAGAAGUCUUGGGAAAUCAGACGGCGUAGAAACAGGAACUCCAGAAGAAGCGGCGUUCUGCAAUCCUGGAAGCUGGUCCUGAUGCUGCAACGGUGGAAUGACGUGGACACUCUGGAAGCAAUUACAGCGUGAUGGGCUACGUUUCGACGUUACGACGUUACGACGUUUUGGGCUUGGCACUUUUGGUCCCACUCUCCAGACUAUGCUUGAAGUGAUGGUUUGCAUGUUGUUGACGCCGCGCUCAGAAAUAGUCCAACUAUACCGGCGGUCUGUAAAUAAUCGUCCCAAGAACAUGCACUCCAGUGAUUGAUAUUGUGAGCAUAGUAGUAUGACUCUCGAUCAUCAAGUCUGACAGCCUUAUCCAAAUAGUCGCCUAUAUAUGACCAGCAUAAUUUGCAAGUGACCUUAAACUUUCCCGGAAGUGGAAUUUGGUUCUGUGAGUUGGCGAACCAGGUUGUCCAGCGGAUCGCGGGAGUAAGAUUUUGAUGGCUGCUUCAAACGAGGGUAUUUUGAACUGCAGUCUUUUGAAUACAAGCAAAUGAUUCCGUUUCAGGACAAUAUUUAUCCCCAUGAGGUCAAGUUACUUAAACACUGUAUUAGCCUGCGAACUCAAACUGUGUAAUACAGAUGUAUUAAAACGUAGUAGCUUAAUUAAUCCGCGUCAUUAUUUCACACAUGCCAUUAAUUUCAAGAUCUAGACGAAGACUGCACACAAUGAAUACAUAAUGCCAUUUAGAAAGUGGUCAAA